UUUGAUUGUUCUGGAACAUUCGGGUUAUUUCUCAAAUCUUCACAACUUCUCUUACCAUUUCAUAAAGGAAUUUCUCGAUCUCUGAGUAAACACACUUACAAGCAACUUCCCAUUCAUUUCUGCAGCUGUUUGAUCAACGUUUUCUGUCUUUCCAGUUUCAUCCAAAAAUGAGCCGACAUCCAACUAUUAAGUGGGCACAAAGGUCUGACAAGAUUUUUCUCACUGUGGAUCUCCCUGAUGCCAAUGAUGUGAAGCUCAAACUCGAGCCUCAAGGCAGGUUCGUUUUCUCAGCCACCAAAGGUGGUAUACCAUAUGAAGUUGACAUCGAGUUGUAUGAUAAGAUCAAUGCGGAGGAAAGUAAGGUUAACAAUGGCGUAAGGAAUAUUGUUUAUGUUAUAAAGAAAACAGAAAGUAAAUGGUGGAAUAGGCUACUUAAACAGGAGGGAAAACCUCCCGUGUUCCUCAAAGUGGACUGGGAUAAAUGGGUUGAUGAGGACGAUGAGACAGAGAAAACUGAUAUGGACUUCAAUGACAUGGAUUUCUCCAAUUUGAACUUGGGUGGGGAUCAUGAGUUAGAUAUGGAUGAACAAGAAGGGAUUGAAGAAGAAGAAGAAGAAAACAAAGGGGAUGGAAUCAGGAAGAGCAAAGAUGAGUCUGAAAACAAAGGGGAUGAAAUCAGGAAGAGCAAAGAUGAGUCUGUUGCAGCGAAUCCUGAGGAGGUUUAAUCUGAAGUGCAUCUGUAAAGAAAAAUGAAGCUUCGGGAAUGUUUCUGGAUCAUUUUGGGGAAUUAUAUAUGUUAUCAAUUUCCUUAUCUAGUGUCUUUUGCCGAACUCAUUUUGGGGAAUUAUAUAUGUUAUCAAUUUUCUUAUCUAGUGUCUUUUGCCGAACUCUUGCUACAGUGACUUGAAAAUCCUGUAUGUGUAGGUGUGGCUAUGUGAAAAUGUACACGUUUGACUUCUUUAUGCUCAUAUAACUGUGUUAGUUUGGAUUUUGUCUCUCA